AUGUAUUUCGUCACCACUCGGAUGAUUGCAUUGCCCGCUGGAGAUGGCAUGCUGCAUUUUGAUAGUCAGACGCCGCUUCUGACCGAAAAGUUUCAUCUGCCGGGUUUCAGCUCGUCAUGCAUCAUGCAGCCCAUGGGACACACAUUGACCGCUGAUCGAAGCGGACUGACCGAAGAGAAGGUGAAUUGGGCGUACUUCCAUGCCGGCGCUUCUGCUGGGCUCCGGAUCUCACGCAACGUCAAAGGAAUCGACACAUCCUGGAUCGCAUUCAACAAGCCGUUAGAGCUCACAAAUCGGCAUGCUGGCUUUCUGCUCGCUCUCGGAGUGGGUGGCCACUUGCGGCAUAUGGCGAAAUGGUUGUCAUUCAAGUACCUCACACCAAAGCACACCAUGACUUCCGUGGGGUUGCUGCUUGGUCUUUCAGCUUCGCAUAUCGGCACAAUGGAUGGGCUGAUUACACGCAUGCUUUCAGUCCACAUCACCAAAAUGCUUCCGCCUGGAGCUGCAGAGCUGAACGUGUCUCCUGCCACGCAGACUGCAGGCCUGAUGGGCAUUGGUCUGCUCUACUAUAACACACAACAUCGUCGCAUGAGUGAGGUAAUGUUGUCGGAGAUUGAGUACUUGGAAGUCGAAGAUCCGGAUAGCGGCCCAGAUCCGCUUCGCGAUGAAUGCUACCGCCUCGCCGCAGGCUUCGCUCUUGGGUUCAUCAACCUGGCCAAGGGUCGUGAUCUGAGGGGCCUGCACGGCAUGCAAGUGCCCGAACGCCUUCUCGCGAUGGCAGUCGGCCCACGCCCCGUCAAUGCCGUCCAUGUGUUCGAUCGAGCUACGGCUGGAGCGGUGAUGGCACUUGCAAUGGUCUACAUGAAGUCUGGCGAUCAAGCCAUAGCCAACAAGAUCGACAUCCCUGACUCCGAAGCACAAUUCGAUCAAGUCAGACCGGACGUUCUCAUGCUGCGAUCAAUGGCCAAGCAUGUCAUCAUGUGGGACAGUAUCGAAGCUCGAGGACCAUCUUAUGAUCAAGGGUGGAUACAGGACAAUCUUCCAACAUGCUACAAGAAUCGUUCAAAGGCUGCACUGGAUCACAUGCUGACGAAUCGGACAAUCGACAGCAAAUAUGUGCCGCUGUUCAAUGUCUUCACUGGACUGGCCUGGGCACUUAGCUUGAAAUAUGCUGGUAGUGGCAACGCAAUCGCGAGGGACGAAAUACUGACGCUGUUGAGCUUCUUUCAUCGUCUCAGCGAGGGCGCCGAUGCGUUUUACUUCGAUGGGAAGCUCGCUCGAUCAGCUCUCCGCCGGUGCAUGGAUGUUUUGGCGCUGUCUGCGGCUACGGUUAUGGCUGGAACAGGAGAUCUGCAGACUUUCCGAUACCUGCGACGAAUGCAUGGCCGCACUGAUUCGGACACUCCCUACGGCUCGCAUUUCUCCUCCCAUCUGGCAAUUGGCGUCUUGUUCUUGGGCGGUGGCACUUUCACCUUGACCACAUCUGAUCUGGCGUUGGCCGCGAUGAUGGUAUCAUUCUAUCCCAUUUUCCCGAUUGACGUUCACGACAAUAGGGUCCAUCUACAAGCUUUUCGACACCUCUGGACUCUUGCAGCAGAAGCCAGGUGCAUCGUCAUCGAGGAUAUAGAUACCCAGCGACCGAUCCACAUGCCAAUUCUUGUCACUCUGCGCAACGGCGAGCAGAUGAAUUUUCGCGCUCCAUGUCUGCUGCCUGAACUGCAUUUGAUCGCGACCGUGCAGACCGAUGAUCCGAACUACUGGCGCGUUACGCUAGAUUUCGAAGCGAAUCCAGCGCAUCUGGAAGCCUUCCGCAAAGAUCAACAUAUCUCAGUCCGCAGAUGCCCUGCCGCGGAGGCCCACGAUUCAAUCUUCACCGCGGCCCUGGCAGCGUUGAGUGACAUGUCGCUCAGCACCCAACCUCACAUGAAGAAUCGUAGCGCGUCCAAUCUUUGGCAAACCGUCCUUUCCCUACCCGCCUUCGAAGGUCUGGACAAAGCUGAUGUGGAGAUGCUCCUCCCGCCGGAGAUCAGCUCAAGCAUAUACACGAAUGAACGCACGACCGUGGUGGAUGAUAGGCUGGUGCUGACCAAAGCCGUGAAAAGCGAUCGCAGUCAAGAUCUUUGGAACUUGAGGGUCCUUUUUGCUUGGGCCGAAAGAGUAAGACACGCCAAAGAACAGAUGAAUGGCAGCGGGAGACAUAUGCUCGAGGAUGAGCAAGAUGAAAGAGAUGAGAGCAUUUUUAUGAGGUGGCUCGGUGAAGAGGUUAUACAGGAGUUGAAGGCUGGUAUUGAAGAGAGGGUAAGAGCUGGUGCAUAA